AUGGAUAAGUUUACUCCGCCUGUGUUGUCAGCAGCGAUAAAUAUAGGAGAUACGCACUGGUGUUGUGGUGUUUCGUCGUUUACCAAUCCUCAAGAGGCAGUUGUGGCAAUCAGUGAUUCUAAAAAGUGCUGGAAUUUUCGGACUGCUCUUCUCCUGAAUCCAGACAAAAGCUUUCACUCCUUUGGAUGUAAGGCAGAGGAAAACUAUGCUGAUAUUACGGAGGCAGCCAAGGACCAACACACAUAUUACUACUUCCGGAACUUGCACAAUAUCAAAAAAUUUCACAAGCACGCAAUGGUAAAAGAUGAGACUGGUAAAAUGUUCCCACUAUUCGAUAUUCUUGUCCAUUCUAUACGAUUCAUGAAAGAACUAUUAGAGAGAAGAGUAGGAGAGAGGUGCGUCAUUAUUGAUUCAGAAAUUGUGAACGUACUGACUAUCCCUGCCAGAUGGGACAGUGACGGGAAACAGUUAGUACGACAGGCAGCACAACAGGCUGGUAUACAAAAUAACAGAUGCAUAGUUGUCCUUGAGCCGGUGGUCGCUGCUUUAGGUUACUGCGCAGGAGAAACUCAUGACGAAAUAUCCUUUUACAAGGCUGCCGAGUCCGGUGCUGCGUAUAUUGUCCUCGACUUACGAGGUAAGACUAGCAACAUAUCCUGUCAUCAACAUAACGGGUUUCUCAGACAGCUGCUGCAGUGCGAAGGAGGUGACAGUGUCAAUGAUGAUUUUUUGAAACUCCUGAAGCAGGCCGUUGGGGAGGAACGUUUCGCACAAUUAGAAAAGGGGGAUAUAGACGAAAUAAUCGAUUGUUUUGAAAUGAAGAUGUGUUCACUACAAACCAACAGUAGUGUGAAUAUGAAAAUACCAGCGUCAUUAGCGCAAAAAAAACCAUUUCUUGACGAUGUGAAGAUUACUACACACAAACUGCGUGUCAGUAGUGAAAGAUACCAUCAACUAUUUGAAAAGACCAUCACCGCCAUUGAAAGAUCAAUGAAACAGAUUCUUCAAAAUGAGCAGUCCAAGGAACUUGAAUAUAUACUGAUGAUAGGUGAAUUCUCAAAAUGUGAAAUUGUGCAACGUGCCAUCAGGAACAAGUUUCCCGAAAAGCGCAUCAUAGUGUCAGUUGAUACUGAUUGUCUCGUUCUCAAGGGUGCGAUUUACUAUGGUGGCAUUCUGAAGACACCGAUAAGUGAAGUGAAAUAUACAUAUGGCAUUCAACACUGGCCAAAGUUUGACAAUUCAAGACAUGCACUGGACAAGCUGGUCGUCAUUGACGGGGUUAUUCGAUGCAAAGAUGUGUUUUAUAAAUAUAUUGAAAAGGGAGAUAGGAUCCCGACAGCUCGAAGAAUAUCAUAUGUUUAUAGACAGUUUGCCUCCAGCUCGGGCACAAUAGACUGUACGGUGUAUAUAUCGACCAAGUCCGAUCCAGUGUAUGUUGACGAUGACGAGUGCGCCGUGUUAGGUGUCUUACGUACGAACUUUACUGCCAACUGGAAAGGGCUGGUGGAGAUUGAACAAUCUCUCAUCUUCGGUGAAACAUGCAUUUCGUUACAGGCAAAGGAUAUGGUAACUGGAAAAGUCUGUGAAACACAAAUUGAAUACGUGUAA